AUGUUUCUCCUCGAUACAUUGCAUAUAUAAUAUAUCAGCUCAAGAACUGUUCUCUAUCUAGCUAAACAGCCUUGCUUGAACACCGCCAUUCUCUGUACUUUGAUUGAAGCACGCGUCAAGUCUCACUGAAACUCUCAGUUCCCACAAUUCUUCUCCCUUUUUGUCCUUUCCCACCUAGAAAUGGUUUGAUUCAAAUCCAUCAAGAAGAAAAAUGUGUUUCUUUUCACAUUGAUCUUCACCCUUAACCCUCUUCAAGGUUUUUUCCCUUGUGUAAUGGAAGUUAUGACCAACAACAUCAUCAACAAAAAAACCAACAUAGCAGGUUCUCACAACAUCAUCCAUCUCCAAAAGCUUUCUUCCUGGUUUUCUUCUUCUAUUUCUCUAGUAUAUCAAUCACCACUUAAAUACAAGGUUCAGAACAAUGGUUUAUACUUCCUUUUGUGACAACAAUUCUUCAUCUGGUUUCAAUCCUAAUUUGCAUGACGUUGGAGCUAGUAAUUCCAAUGGUGUUUCGCGAGGUAGGUUGUUAUCAUCAUCGCGUUCAAUGGUUUUUGAGAGUGAGAAGUGUGAGCUUGUGAAACCCCCUGCUGCUGCAACUGCAAAUAAGGUUGGAACUGGAAAGAAUGAGCAUUCUGAGGCGAAAGCUUUAGCUGCUUUGAAGAGCCAUAGUGAAGCUGAGAGGAGGAGGAGGGAGAGAAUAAAUGGCCAUCUUGCAACACUGCGUGGUCUUGUGCCCUCCACUGAAAAGAUGGAUAAAGCCACAUUACUGGGUGAAGUUAUCAGCCAAGUGAAGGAAUUAAAGAAGAAAGCAGUGGAAGCAAGCAAAGGUCUUCUCAUCCCAACGGAUUCUGAUGAAGUAAAAGUUGAACUAUGCGAUAAUGGAGAAGAAAAUGAAUCCAUUUCUUACAUGGCAACUGUAUGCAGUGAUUACCAAUCUGAGAUACUAUCUGAUCUAAAACAGACACUUGAUGCCCUUCAACUACAGCUUGUGAAGGCUGAACUUUCAACAUUAGGAGAAAGAAUGAAGAAUGUGUUUGUGUUUACAUGUUGCAAAAGGGAAAAUGUGAACAUUGAGGCAUGUCAAGCUCUUGCUAGUAAUGUUCACCAGGCUCUUGGCUCUGUACUUGAAAAGGCUUCUAAUGCACUCGAAUUCUCGUUCAGAGCUUCAGAUCGAUGCAAGCGGAGAAGACUAAGCUUCAUUGAAUCAUCUUCUUCCUCAUGCAACCAUGAAUUUUGUUCAUGCUGAUGGGAACUGUUUUCGGUGUUAUAUACUUAUGCAAAACUGGGUUUCUAUUUAUUCUUGAAGCAAAAUUUACAAUGUUAUUGAACUCCAAAAACGGCUUAUAUUAAAGUUGUUAUUAUUGUAUAUGUGAGGGGAGCUAUUGGAGAUUUGUACUACUAUUAUUGAGUGUAACCUCUACAUGUGUGUUUGGACACAUUACACAUUGACACGGGUGCUCCAUCGCAUAUGAAAGCCAAAUUUACAUAUUAUAGCAAUGCGAUUUUUCUGUGUA